UGGAAGGACCACCAAAAAGCGAAGAUGUCGUGGUGUUCCUUGUUUGCCGUAAUCGUAUUCUCGACAUUCAUAGUUGCUCUAUCUGCUCCUAUUGAAUAUGCAUACGGAGAUAUACGUCUGGUUGACGGGCCUUCGUCUAGAGAAGGACGUUUGGAACUAUUUGACGGCACACAAUGGGGUACAGUUUGUGAUGAUGGUUUCUCGGACUCGGAAGCUCAAGUCGUGUGCCGCCAACUGGGUUACUGGUAUUCCUCUGCUGUCGCGGAAGUCCGCCGGAACGCGUACUACGGAUAUGCAAGUGGCCGCAUUGUUCUCGACAAAGUUGAUUGUGAGGGCGACGAGAUUCGACUAUUGUAUUGCGAUCACAGCCGUUUGGGACAAUCAGACUGCUCUCACUCCAAAGACGUCGGCGUUAAGUGCAGUAAUAAUACAUUCCCUACGAUCUAGAUGGUUGUCGUCCAUGAAAUUGAACGGUUGUUUUGUUCUUAGG